GGAACAGUGCUCAGCAUGGCUCCUGGCCGACACAAAGCAGGAGCAGUUAUUAUAUUGAUAAUAUUCCAUCCAGUACCCCCUGUGUGCCCUGAGGGGACUCAGAGGAAGUGGGAGACACAGCCCUGGCCACCAAAGGCUUAUAUCUGGUGGAGAAGGUCUGCCAGCAAUGGACAAGCUGGGCCAAUAAAGGAAAUAUACAGGAACCCCUCUGACCAAGAGACUGUCCUGCUGACAUCAGAAGAACUGCCCAGGGGGAGCACCAUGGAAGGCGACUGUCUGAGCUGCAUGAAGUAUCUGAUGUUUGUGUUCAAUUUCUUCAUAUUUCUGGGUGGGGCCUGCCUGCUGGGCGUCGGCAUCUGGGUCAUGGUGGACCCCACCGGCUUCCGGGAGAUCGUGGCCGCCAACCCCCUGCUCAUCACGGGCGCCUACAUCCUCUUGGCCAUGGGGGGCCUGCUUUUUCUGCUCGGCUUCCUGGGCUGCUGCGGGGCAGUCCGGGAGAACAAGUGUCUGCUGCUGUUGCUGAAGCAGGAGAUGGGCAGCAUUGUGACCAAGCUCAUUCAGAACUACACGGAUGGUCACGAGGACAGCCUUCAGGAGGCCUGGGACUACGUGCAGGCUCAGGUGAAGUGCUGCGGCUGGGUCAGCUUCUACAACUGGACAGAAAACGCCGAGCUCAUGAGUCGUAUCAACAUCACCUACCCCUGUUCCUGCGAGAACAAGAGCCAGGAGGGUGACAACAGCAUUCUGCUGCAGACGGGCUUCUGCGAGGCCCCCGCUGGCAAUGGGACCCAGAGCAGCAACAACCCUGAUGGCUGGCCUGUGUACAAGGAGGGCUGCAUGGAGAAGGUGCAGGCCUGGCUGCAGGAGAACCUGGGCAUCAUCCUUGGCGUGUGUGUGGGCGUCGCUGUCAUCGAGCUCCUGGGGAUGCUCCUCUCCAUGUUCUUGUGCCGGCACGUCCAUUCCGAAGACUACAGCAAGGUCCCCAAGUACUGAAGUGGCCACUGUCCCCACCUCCCUGCCUGUCCCCCAACCUCAGGGCUCCUAGGGGUCUCCCUGGCUCCCCCUCCAGGCCUGCCUCCCACCUCACUGCCAAGACCCCUUGUCCAUCCUGUGCUGGCUGGAAGUGGGGGGCGUCCUGGGGCCUGGACCCCUCUCCUUUGCUUUUCUGCCGCCAGCCUUAAGCCCCAGCUCUUCUGUGGCUCCUCCACUCACUGUCUGCCAGGGUUGUCUUAGCAACUCCGAGAAAACGCUCCCUGCACAGGUGGGCUGGGUUUCUACCUGCCUUGGAGGCUGUGUAUAUUGUACGGGAGAAAGUGUAUUAAAAACUUGGGGGUGGGAUGGAUAAGGCACCCUGGGCUGUCAGGUGCCUGCCCACUGAGUGGGUCAACUUUGUUUCCACUACGAUGCUUCUGUCCUCGGUUUUCACAUUUUCGUUGAGGUGGCGGGAGAGGGGGCUUUACCUGACAUAAGGAGCAGCACCCCUUCCCCAGCCUGAGCCAGCCCCACCCAGGAAGCUCACAUCAGUCUGGGCCGUGCUGUGGGAGCAGCCUAGGUGAGCUGGGCUGGAGCGGGGCUGCCUGGGCCACAGGGUCUGGACUGGCCCUGGGCCGCUUAGGGAAUCAGAGGGGUGAACCCUCCGGGUGUGGCACAGAGCUGGCCCUGCAUUCUCCAGGACCCUGAGCUGUCCAGGGAAGCUAGAGGAUGCUUUUUCCUGUCCUCUGUCCCCCGAGGAAUGGGUGGGUAAGGCUGUGCCUUGUAGGGGAGUGGGGAGGGGCCCUGUGUACAGUUCUGUAAAACAUAGAUGACUGAUUAUUAAAGAGGAUUUGUAACAAUC